AUAUACUCGUGCCUGCUCUGUCUCGUGGCUGCAGUGGCAUCCUCGUCAGCUAUUUUUCCCAUCCAGGGCGGGCGCCGUUGGUGUGCUGCUCCUCUCUCCGGUGGCCUUUGAGCUGUGAGCUUGAAGAGCAAAGUUCAACCAACAUAGCUAGCGAACAAUGAAGGUUAUUACAACUGUGCAGAUUGUGUUGGUGCUCAUGACUUGUACUGAGCCUAUCGUCAUAUGUGGCUUGUUAUACCGAAACGAAACAGAUGAGCUGUCACUGCUUGAUUUCAAGAAGGCAAUCAGUCUUGAUCCACAACAAACCUUGAUGUCCUGGAAUGAUAGCGUUCACUUUUGCAACUGGGAGGGUAUCCGGUGCAGGGUAAAAAUUCCGCGUCGUGUCACCUCUCUUAAUCUUACAAAUCGAGGUUUGGUAGGACAAAUCUCUCCUUCACUUGGAAACCUGACAUUCCUAAAAUUUCUAUUCCUAGACACUAACUCAUUCACUGGAGAGAUCCCUCCAUCCCUAGGUCAGCUGCGUCACCUGCAGGCUAUCAUCUUGAGUAAUAACACAUUACAAGGAAGGAUACCUAAUCUUGCCAACUGUUCCAGCCUCAAGGUGCUAUGGCUUAAUGGCAAUAAUCUUGUAGGAAAAAUCCCUGCAGAUUUGCCUCAAGGCUUUAGAACUUUGGAAAUUUCAAUCAAUAAUCUUACUGGAGCUAUACCUGCUUCCCUUGCCAAUGUCACAACUCUGAGAAGUCUUCACUGUCAGUAUAAUUACAUUGUUGGGAACAUACCAAAAGAGUUUGCAAAGAUGCUUGGGAUGCUUUCCGUGCAACUAGGUGUAAACAAGUUGGAAGGUUGGUUUCCAGAAGCCUUCUUGAACCUUUCUACUCUUACUGAACUUAGCCUUGCCUACAACUAUCUAAGCGGAGUGCUACCAUUUAAUAUCGGUAACUCUCUACCCAAUCUCCAAGUGUUACGAUUGGGCAGCAACUUAUUUCACGGCCAUAUCCCAUGUUCAUUGACAAAUGCUUCGAAACUGUACCUUCUCGACAUGGCUAUCAACAGUUUCACUGGAGUUGUGCCUAGCUCAGUAGGAAAACUUAUUAAAUUGUCUUGGUUAAACCUUGAAAUGAACAAGCUCCAUGCACAUGACGAGCAAGACUUGGAGUUUAUGACUAGUGUAGCCAACUGCACUGAGCUGCAAAUGCUCUCCAUAUAUGGGAAUCGUCUGAAGGGCCAUGUGCCGAAUUCAUUCGGAAACCGCUCCACUCAACUCCAAUACAUACACAUGGGACUGAAUCAAUUAUCAGGGAGUCUGCCUUCUGGCUUAGCAAACCUUCCCAACUUAAUUGCUUUAGAAUUGGGUGGUAACCUAUUUACAGAUGCUCUUCCAGGUUGGCUUGGAUCUCUGAAAAGCUUACAGAUACUAGCUUUAUAUAAUAACCUUUUUUUAGGGUCCAUUCCGGCAUCCCUAUCCAACUUAUCCCAAUUGGUAAAUCUUGAGCUAAGUACAAAUAAGUUGGAUGGAUACAUACCCCCAAGCUUGGGAGACCUCCAGAUGCUUGAAGUGUUAUAUGUUUCCCAUAACAAUCUUCAUGGUAGGGUGCCAAAUAACAUCUUUAGAAUUCCGACCAUCUCAGUACUUUGGUUAUCGUUCAACCAACUUGACGGAGAACUUCCUACUGAAGUAGGCAAUGCCAAGCAACUCAUGUAUAUGCACCUUUCGUAUAAUAAACUGUCUGGUGAUAUUCCACAUACUCUGGGAAGUUGCAAAAGCCUGGAAGAUAUCAAGUUGGACAGGAAUGUUUUCAGUGGAAACAUCCCCACAACUUUGGGCAGCAUAAGUAGCUUAAAAGCGCUUGACCUAUCUCAUAAUAACUUAAGUGGGACGGUACCAGUGUCUCUUGCUAACCUGGAACUUCUUCAGCAAUUAGAUCUGUCCUUCAACAACCUCGAGGGUGAGGUCCCAACGAAAGGAAUAUUCAGGAAUGCAACAGCUAUACAUAUUGUUGGAAAUCGGCAGCUUUGCGGUGGAGUACCUCAAUUACACUUGCCAACCUGUUCGGUCAUGCCUUUGAACUUAACCAAGCACAAGCAUUCUGUUGAAUUGAAAGUAGUGCUCCCAGUUGCGAGCAUGGUGUCACUUGCUAUAGUAGUAUUUGUCUUGUUUAUAUGGAGAGGGAAGCAGAGGAGAAAAUCUAUUGCUUUUCCCUCAUUUGAUAGCAGCAGCUUCCCUAUAGUUUCUUAUAAUGAUCUUGCUAGAGCAACAGAUGGAUUCUCAAAAUCUAAGUUAAUUGGCAGAGGAAGACAUGGUUCUGUGUACCAAGGAAAACUUUUUGCGCGUGAAGCUGUUGCAAUCAAAGUCUUCAGUUUAGAGAUAAAGGGAGCACAAAACAGCUUCAUAGCAGAAUGUAAUGUUUUGAGAAACGUGCGGCAUCGCAAUCUAGUUCCUAUCCUUACUGCAUGCUCAAGCAUCGAUGGUAACGGGAGUGAUUUCAAAGCCUUAGUGUAUGAGUUCAUGCCACGUGGUGACUUGCAUCUAUUACUGUACUCAACUUGUGAGGAUGAGAACACUUCAAACCAUAUCACACUGGCUCAAAGGUUAAGUAUUCUGGUGGAUAUAGCAGAUGCGCUGGAGUAUCUCCACCAUUACAGUCAAGGAACUAUUGUUCAUUGUGAUGUUAAGCCUAGCAACAUUCUUCUGGAUGAUGAGAUGACAGCUCAUGUUGGAGAUUUUGGGCUCGCAAGAUUGAUGAUUGACUCAAGCACAUCAACUUUUGCUGACUCGGCUUCUUCAACAGUUGCAUUCUGGGGAACUAUUGGAUAUGUUGCUCCAGAGUAUGCAACAGACGGAGGUCAAGUUUCAACUGCUGCAGAUGUUUAUAGCUUUGGAGUUGUUCUUCUCGAAGUAUUUUUACGGAAGAGACCAACGGACAAUAUGUUCAAGGAUGGCCUGAACAUUGCAAAAUACGUUGAGAUGAAUUUUCCUGACAGGAUUGUGGACAUCAUUGAUCCUGAACUCCUGCGAGACUUGCGAUCUCAGGAAGCUCCAAUGGCCAUGAAGGAAAACUGUUUGGGGUGUUUACUUUCGGUGCUGAACAUUGGGCUUUGCUGCGUCAAGACAUCCCCGAAUGAGCGCGUGGACAUGCAAGAGGUGGCUGCAAGGUUGCAUGGAAUCAAGGAUGCAUACCUCUGUGAACACCAGUAAUAUAGUAGUUUUUUUUUUGACAAUAGUCUGUUUACACUAGGUUGCAAGGUUGCAUUGUAAGGGUUCAUAUUGUUGAUCUCUAGGUUCUGUUUCAGAUACUGUUGGUAGAGGUCGAGCUGUGUUCCCGCCUUCCAGCCAAGUCACUGGCAUCUACAGGUUGCAUUGCAUAAAUAUUCAGAUGAAACAGGCGCACAAAAAAUGUUCAUACGGAAGACAAACCUCAUGCCAAAUGUGGUCAACCAGUUUCAUAAGUAUAACUAAACCUCAUGCCAAUGUAGCAAUUCAUGCACAGCCACAGCCCUAGAAGCUAGAUCAAAGGAUCGGAGAUACUCACAGCGCAACUGCAAUUGCAUCGUGGUACUAAAUGGAUAUACCCGAAUUCAUUUUUUAUUGAUUUUUUUUCACGACCGUGCCUUGGCAUGUAUUUCAUUAGGAGGAAGGGAGGAGAAACAGUUACACAGUUCAGAGUGUCAUCUGGAGAGGUGACCUCGUGAGCAUUUCAGAGAGAACCUGCUGUUACAUGUACACUGCAGCGCGACCCAAACUAGCAGCAGCAUUUUGAUCAGUACCUAGAGCAGUAGCAACACUCAAACCCAGCAUAGCAAAAGGAGCUAAGCAGCUGAAAUGAGCAGAAACCCACACCGAAGCUUCCUCUGUGAUCGCCUGCAUCAAUUGCCUUCCUCUCUGUUCUGUUAAAGGUACGAGCGUUUCGUUCCAACCAUAUUACCUAGGCCACAAGUAUGAUCAUCGAGUCGAAAGUUUUCCUGUCAGCCUUGUGCACACAUUUCCUAGCUUUCAUCCACCAGGCAGCCAAAAUUUGUUUUUAUUGAUUUUCUCUAUCCAUGCAUCACCGCAAACUCCGCAAUAGCGAUUGGAGACACAUUGAGGAAAAAUUUCAGAAACGGUUGUGCUGCUGAUGUAGUAAACUCCUUUCCGUGGGUGGACGUUUGAUUUUGAUUGAUUCAGUCCUAAGUAGUACACCUAUGUUUAUGCUAUCCUUUUUUAGAUACCAGUGGGUGUUCUAAAGAAACUAGAUUAUUAUAGAUCUAGAUUUUUUUGGCGAAGUGAUGAGCAUAAAAAGAAAUAUAGGCUAGCUAAGUGGAGCGUGGUUUGUACUCCAAAAGAUCAAGGAGCAUUGGGGGUCUUAAAUUUAAACGUUCACAACAGGUGUCUACUUAGCAAGUGGCUGUUUAAAGUAACUAAUGGGGACAGAGUCUGGCAGAAUCUGUUAAUAAGGAAAUACUUAACGGAUAGAACUAUCACAAAAGUUCAACAUAUGCCGGGGAUUCUCAGUUUUGGGCUAGCCUUACGAAGGUUAGAGAUAAAUUCUUUAAUCCAACUUUACCUUGGGGAAGAUGUAAAAAUUCCUUCUUGUUGCACCUUAUCCCUUGCCUUACGCUGCCCUGCCCUUCAUGGACCUGCAGAGGGGGGAUGGGAGCAAGGAAUGAUAUUAUUGUGCACACUGUUGUAUUGCUGUUGCAGGAAAUGGAAGAACACGGCAAAGCCAUUAUUUUUUAAUAAAGUCAACGUGUUAAUAAUGAAAGGGGGAAAAAGUAACUAUUAGUCUAUUACAGAACAAACAACCAAUGAACGACUACACUUGAAGAUCAGGAUUACGAGCUCGUGCUCCCUGUUACUUAUUGCAGCAGACUCAUUCCAGCACUGCUGCUCAGCCUGCAGUGGCUGUCCAAUAUGAUCACAUCUUCCUUUGCUGUCAUUGCAACAUCACAUGAAAAUCCCAGGGGUCCUUUUCUCUAAAUAUUUCCUGAACUUUGCACAUUUCUAAAACUUCGUCGCAAUGAGAUCAUGCAGAAUUUGUGAACAUAUAGCAAUGAAUUAUGAAGAGUUUUGUUUGGCAUUGAGAUUCAGUUAAAAAGCCCUGGAAGUUAACAAGUAUAAUGCUACAGAUAACUUUGUGAAGUUGUAAGUAGUUGGUGAAAGUGCCAUCUCUAAAUAUUGUAGUCAAUUUUUCACAGCGCUGUUAUUAUCAUAGACACACGUGAACGGGAUGUACAGGUAAGAUCUUCCCAGCCCAAACUAUCAAAUUAAAAGGUUUUGGCUAUUCUUCAGCAAAUAAGGGAAAAAUGUGUCUGGAAGCUAGACAUACCAUGUAAUAAACAUCAGCUAGGCAGCUUUUGAUGUUAAUGCGACAGUUCAAAUUUGAACUUUGCAAUACCAUGCAUUGCUGG